AGAGUACAGAAAUACUUUUACUUCUUCCUCUCUGGUUCUUAACUUGACGUAAAUAAAUGACAACAAUAGUAUAUGUGUCUGGGGGCGGAGCUUGUCCUAACUCCUCCUACCAUCUGCCCCCAGCUGAUAGAGCAUGUCAGAGGAGUGAAGGCAGAAACAUCUGCUGGUCCAGACCCACAUGAAGACACCAUGAAGCCUGAGACUCUCGCCUGUCCUCCUCUUCCCGGAACAAUCCACGUGGACGAUUCCCUGGACGUCCAAUUGGACAGCAGCUCUGAGGAAGGGGAGGAUAUGGCGGUGGCAUUGUUGUCAUCCAACAGGGAGUCGUUACCGUGGCAACAGAAGGAAGAGGAGGAGCACGACGAGGUGGAGACAAAGGCGGUGGCGUCUUCUCCGGACGGACGCUUCCUCAAGUUCAACGUCGAGAUCGGCCGAGGAUCCUUCAAGACGGUCUACAAGGGUCUGGACACCGAGACUACCGUGGAGGUGGCCUGGUGCGAGCUGCAGGUAGCACAGACUCACCGUCUGAGCAAGGCGGAGCGGCAGAGGUUCAGCGAGGAGGUGGGAAUGCUGAAAGCUCUCCAGCAUCCAAACAUCGUUCGCUUCUUCGACUCGUGGAAGUCGGUGCUGAAAGGUCACAAGUGCACCAUCCUGGUAACAGAGCUCAUGACGUCAGGGACCCUCAAGACGUACUUGCGCAGAUUUCGUCAGAUGAAGCUGAAGCUGCUAAAGCGCUGGAGCUUCCAGAUUCUCAAAGGUCUGCACUUCCUGCACUCGCGCAGCCCCCCCAUCCUGCACCGCGACCUCAAGUGCGACAACAUCUUCAUCACCGGACCCUCUGCCUCCAUCAAGAUCGGAGAUCUGGGCCUUGCCACGCUCAAGAAGGCCUCCUUCGCCAAGAGCGUGAUCGGAACACCGGAGUUCAUGGCCCCAGAGAUGUAUGAGGAAAAGUACGAUGAGGCCGUGGAUGUCUACGCCUUCGGAAUGUGCAUCCUGGAGAUGGCCACGUCCGAGUAUCCAUACUCUGAAUGUGAGAACGCUGCUCAGAUCUACCGCAAGGUCACCAGUGGAAUCAAACCGGACAGUUUUUCUCAAGUCCAAGUCCCGGAGCUGAAGGAGAUCAUUGAGGGCUGCAUCCGCACCAAGAGCAGCGAGCGGUUCACAGUUCAGGACCUUCUGGACCACCGCUUCUUCCAUGGCCAGCUGGGCGUCCACGUUGAGCUGGCUGAGGAUGACGACGGUAGGAAAGCGGCGCUGAAGCUGUGGCUGAGGAUGGAUGGUACCAAGAGGCUUCAUGGGAAAUACAAGGACAGCGAUGCCAUUGAGUUAUUCUUUGAGCUCUACAAAGACGUCCCAGAGGAGGUGGCCCAGGAAAUGGUGGUGCUGGGCUUUGUGUCCGAGGGGGACUACAAACUGGUGGCCAAGGCCCUCAGAGACCGCGUCACCAUCAUCAAGCGCCAACGCGAGGAGCGCCGCCGCUUGGCUCAGGGCGACCUACAGGAUGACACCAUCCUCGGGAGGGAACACCCUCCACCUCCUCCCCAGACGUCCAGUCAACAAGGAGCCUCAAACUGGCCUGCUGCGGCUCAGGUGACCGCCACGCAGGACGUCACUGAUGCUCCUGCCGUGCCCUGGCUACAAGCUCCGCCCAAAAGCAGCAGGACAGGAGGAGACGAAGACAAGAUGGCAAGCAGCCCAGGUGUGCUGAACAAGGCAGAGGCCCCGCCCCUUCCUGUCAUUUCCAGAGCUCGUGUGUCAAAGCCUCCGCCCCUUCCUGUGCUGCGCUUCCCCAGGAGCAUCGCUGUGUCCCAGCAGCCGCCAUCAGCAUCAGUCGGCGGCUUCUCGUCGCCCGUGGACAGCUACGCCUCUGACGUGACGUCGGGUUUGAGUGACGGCAACGACGGCCAAUCAGACAAGAGCAACCAGGAAGUGAGUGGCAGGAAGUUGAGGAAAAGAACGAGGGCUCGCCUGAGGAUCACGGGGGUGUCCAACAUGGGAGACCGCGUUGUGGAAUGUCAGCUGACCACCCAUGACAGCAAGAUGGUCACUUUCAAGUUUGACCUGGACGGAGAUGACCCCGAGGACAUCGCCUCCGUCAUGACCCACAGAGACUUCAUCCUGCCUUCUGAGACGGAAGAGUUCAUCCAGCGCAUGUAUGACAUCAUCAACAGGGCGGAGUCUAUGAUCCAUCAGCACGCCCCACCGCUUCCCGAGUCCAAGCCAAAGAUGGCAGCUGCAAACCUCCCCAGGACGCCAUCCAGCUCGUCCCUAACUGACUCCACAGAGGCUGAGCCGUCCCCCGUUUACAUUGAUCAUGACGCCACGCCCCUCUCCAGCCUGCUGUGCCCGCCAUCGCUACGCAAUUAUUCAGACACUCUGCCUCCCUCCCAGUACUACCCAUUGUCUCCCCCGUACUCCCCCUACACCUCGCCUGCCGUCCCCCCUCAGGCCCACAGUAACUCCUCGUUCCUCACCCCCCUCUCCUCCACGGUCGCCCCCUCUCCUCAGUGGCCCCCCCCCAACCAACCCCUGUUCUCCCUGGCCAACAUGCUAUCACUAGCCAUGAGCGUAGCCCAGACUUUUAUACCCCCUCACGGGUCCCCCAGUCCCCUGCUCGCCCCCCAUCUUCCCUUCUCCCCUCCCGUGCCUCCAUCUUUAGGCUCAAAGCUCCGCCCUCAGAGCCACGCCUCUUGGGCUGCACCUCACUCCCCUCAACCAACAGGGACAGGCACCCCCGCCAACAGUCGCCAGGGGGCGUCGGCCAGCCGGAGUCCAGGAGAGCGUCAAAGUCCGGUACAGUUUUGGGAUGGCUUGACUUCGCCCCCUCAUGGUUCUGCUCCGGGCCCGACCCCGUCCCUUCCUGCUGGGUUUCCUCCACACAAAGUUGUGUCCGCCAUCACCCCGCCACCUGGACCAUCAGCAGCGCAGGACGGUGAGGCAAACACAACUUCCACCUUCAGCGUGGGUCGUUUCCAAGUGGCAACCUCUCAAGACCCUCCAGAUGGCCAUCAUCCAGAGCCCCACCCCCUUCAGAAGGCCGCACCCACCACACGUUCUCCGCCCCCGUCUCAGAUGAGCCAAUCAGAGAGCUCAGAGAGCAUUACAGAUGAGGAGAGCCAAUCAGAGAGCAGCCUCUGCACAGUGACCGCCUUUCCCUCUGGAGGAGGGGAGGAGAAGAGGAGGAGGGGCGCGGGCCGCAGGUUAACGGGCAUAUGGGAGGGGCCAGCUGGCAGCCAAUCACGGACCCGCUCAGUGUCAUACGUCAGUUCUGAUGAAUCCGAGAAUGACAACGAUGAGAUGUGGGAAGGGCUGAAGGAGCUUCGGGAAAGACACCUGCUGGAGGUGCACGAGCUGCAGGCCAAUCAAAGGCGAGAGAUCGAGGAGCUCUGCCUGAAGAUGGGAAAAGUUCCGCCCCUGGGCGUGGUCUCCCCGGCCGCUGUACUCAACCAACGCCGCGGCUUCCCGCUUGCUCGCAGAAACAGUCUUCAGAGAGCGGAAGUGCUGCCCCCCGCAGGUAUCAUGAGGAAGCGCUCGGCCAGCGGCGGAUCUCAGGAGCGGCCAUGCAGAGGCGUGACCUUUGCCCCCGAACACACGUGUAUGCCUCCCAUCAACGUCAAGAGGCACCAAGACGGAACGUGAAGACCAGCGUGCUGUCGUUUGAUUCCAGCAGGUUUGGCGGGAGCCAAAUGUGGAGGCCACGCCGUCUUCCUCCACCUGUGACGCCCUGUGGUCAUGGCUAGCUGGCUAUUGUUAUAUAAGCUAUUGUUACACAAAUGAUCAUAAUGGAUGAUUGUCAUGACGUCAGCUAAACGCUCAAACCACAAGCGCUUCCAUGGAUGUAAACAACAAGCAUAAACACAGAAUAUGUCAUGAAUAAUUCCAUAAACUCAGAAGAUUUACACCACAGACUUCACCUAGCUUGAAGCUAGCGUUAACCAAUGUGAACGGUGCGAGUAUUAUUCCUCUAAUAAUGAAUCUUGUCUUACUUUUGCUGUUUCUCUUCAUAAUUUACAGUAGUUGCUUAUGAAUGAAGCCCCGCCUUUUAUGUCGGUCCAUUGUUUGGUGUUACACAGAAAUUAUUCCCACCCUAAACAACGACACAGAGUACAAUUUCCUGACGUUCUCCUGCCACUUCUUCCUAAUGACGCUAUUGGCCAGUUUGAAAUGUGAAAUGUAAUCCAUACGCACAUGUUUAUUAUUAUUAUUGUUGCUGAAUAUCGCUAUUCAACACCGUUUGUGACUAAAUGUCUUAUUCAGUGUCCAACAUUACUCUCACAUGUCCACAUAUGUAAGAAAUAUGUUAUUUUCUUAACUUUAUUACGAAUUAAAUUGAUUUACAGGUAUGCGUUUUUUCCAGUGUGUAAAAAUGUGCAUCUUCUGUUAAAAGCUUUGAAAUGUUAAUUUAUCAAUAAUAGGUUUGCACAGGUGAUAAUCACACGUCAUUUUUUUCCUUGACUUUUAUCAUAUGUUAUAUUUGUAAAAGACAUUUUAGUCUAAAUUCACAUUUCUUUAAUGAGAUGAAAAAUAAAUGAAGGUUUUGCUUCACCAGUGGUACAA